UUCUACCAUGGUGAAAAUUGAACUUGUCAAGUGCCUCAUAUUUUCCCCACCAGCCGGGGCGAGGGAUAGGAGCCGACAAUGGUUCGAAUGUACCGUAGGACAGCGUGUGGGGCAAUGUAGGUCGCUGCCGUGACGCAAUGCGUUAGCAUUUGAAAAAAGGGGGUAGCUUUGCGCCUGAGCGAAUCUAGCAAUGGCUCUCGUCGACGACACGAAAAUGUGCCAGGACCUUCGAGAGAAAUGGCACGAGGAAAGCGAAAUGGACACCGACGACGACGACGCAGACGCCGAACAGGAGGAUGAAGAGGAGGAGGAAGAGGAAGAGGAGCUAGAUGAGAAGUUAGACGGGAGAGCCAAGCCGGAAGAGGCGAGUGAAAAGCGGGUAUUUAACGUGCCGACUCCAGAGCCAGGCAUGUGGAGUCCCGUGACGCUAGGGACGCCAGGAGGGAAAUCGUUCCGCGUGACUCUAAUCGACGACGCCGGUAACGAGGUGUCUCCCUGGCACGACGUGCCCCUGCAUUCGGCCAACGGUACUUUCAACGCCGUCUGCCUCACGCCCAAGGGCUGCCAGGACGACUACGAGGUCGCCGUUCGCGAACGCCUCGCGCCGCUGCGAAUGCGGUUACGCGGUAACAAGCCCGUGCGAUUCGCCGACCCGAUCCCGUGGAACUUCGGCGUAUUCCCGCAAACGUGGGCCGACUCCUCCACCCGCUGCCCGGAAUUCGGCAACCUGCCGUUAGACGACAGCCCGGUGGAGUUAAUCGACAUAGGCAGUCAGGUUCGGCAGUUAGGCGAGGCGUACGCGGUGGAGCCGCUAGCGGCAUUCGUGCUGGUGGAUCCGAGGGGGUUCCAGCUUUCGUGGAAGGUGGUGGGGAUAGCGACGGAUGACCCGUCGGGGUUCCAGGACCUGAGCGACGAGAACGUGGCGGGCAUUGUACAGACGCUGCUGGAUUGCAUCCGCGAUUGGCUGCGCGCCGGGCGGCAUUGCGGAGGCGAGAAGACCCGGGUGCUGACUCUAAGCCAGGGCAAGGCCGGGCAGGACAAGGUUAUGGAGAUUGUCGCGCGGGCACACGCCGCGUGGCAGCUGCUCCGUAGCGGGGCGGCUGAUAACGAGGGUAUGGGCGACCUGCUCCUCUCCCCCAACCUUCUGCGAAAGCCCCAGUCCGGCCCCGCUGUGCGGAUAUUCGCUGAAUCCUACGCGACGGAUUCCGCGAAUAAAGACAAGGCGGUGAUCGAUGAGCAGGAUAUUAAGACUCUGGUGGCUCCGGUGUUUGGGAGUAGCUUCAUGGUGGACUCUUGGGAUAGCCCGGAUGAAAUGGAAGGGGAGGAGGCGGAGGAGGGGGAGGGGAAGGGGAAGGACGAGGAUUCGGACGAGGAUUGGGGCAUGGGCGGGGGAGGGGGAGGGGGGACCGCAGCAGGGGCAACCGCAGCAGCAGGAGCGGCAGGAGCGGCAGGAGCGGCAGGGGGGAAUGCUGGCGGGGAGGGGGAUGAUGAGGGGGAGGAGGACGAGGGUCCGUUGUUGGAGGAAGGUCGUAGGUCAGUGACCCUAAACCUUUAUCCUGGCACUCUUGAUCCUGGUUCGGGCUUUCCCCUCAGCCCUGGGGUAAAAGCGGACGGGCAGGGGGGCGCAAGCAGGGCGUUUGGGCGCACGCGCAGCGCUGGGUCCGCGGAUGGGAGGGCGAGAGAGGCGGUAGCAACGGGGGGGACGCGAGGGGCGGGAGGGAGAGGAGGGGCGGAAGCGGAUGCAGCAGCAGCAGCGCAGACGGCGUCCUCGUUAUCAGCCUCCCAGUCCCGUUAUAAGGCGUGGCGGAACCUGCUAGUGGAUGUGCACCUGGGGAGGCCCUCCAAGGGCGGGAACGAGGGGGGGAGCUUCCUGGGGGAAGGCGCAGACGCGGGCGGAAGCACAGGGGCAGGCGCGGGGGCAGGAGGGGGAGCAGGGUCAGGAGGAGGAGCGGGGGGAGCAGGGGGAACAGGGGGAACAGCGACGGGGCGGAGCAGCGUCUGGGGGGGAUCCUGGGGGGGAUCGUCCGCCCCUACCCCCACCGCCCUAGGCCCCACCACCUCCUCCUCCUCCGCCUCCACCCCGUCCUCCUCCUUCCCCUUCCCCCCUCUCCCCCCCUCCGCCCCCCUCUCCUCAUCCUAUAACGGCCAUCCCACCCCCGCUACCUGCCCAGAGACGCUAGAAGACGUUCCUAGGAGUAAGUCUACUUCCCCAGGCGUCCACCGCUCCGCCUCCGGGGGGGAGACGCGCGGGGGGACGGGGUUCUUUGCCAGCCUUGGGGGGACUUUUGGGGGCGCGGGGGCGGGUGGGGGGAGCCGGGGGGCGCGCAGAAGGAGUUUGCGCCAUAGCAGGAGUCAUAGCUUCUCGGAAGCUUCCCAGGAUGGGGGGGAAGUGGGGGCAGGCGCGGGGAGGGAGGAGGCUGGGGGCGGAGGCGGAGGCGGAGGGGGAGAGGGAGGAGGGAGGGUAGGGGGAAGCUUGUAUGGGGAGAUUGGGGAUGGAUCAGCGGGGGCUGGGGGAGGGUGGGGCGCAAGUGGAGGGUGGGGCGUUAACGCUGGGGGUAGCGGUGGGGGUUAUGGCAGCACAGGGUGGCUUUCCGCGUCUGGUAGCGUUGGGGGAAGCAUGGGCGGCAGUAUAGACAGCAACAGCGGGAGGAGCAGCAGCAGCAGUCUAAGCAGCAGAGAGGGGGGGCGUGAGGGCCGUGAGGGGCGGGAGGGGAGGGAGGGGAGGGAGGGGAGGGAAGGGAGAGAGGGUAGGGAGAGCCGGAGAUCGCUCAGCAUGGUCCUAGAGCCGAUCCAAGGCACCCCCAACACAAGCCCCUUACCAGCAGAAUCCCUCCUUCCCUCCGCCCUCCCUACCUCCCACCCUUCCCCCCUUUCUUCCGCCCUACCUUCCGCCCUCCCCCCUGCGCCCCCGUACCCCCCCUCCUCCGCCUCUGGUACCACCACUCCCCCUUAUGCUACCCGCUCCCCCAGAUCCAGCCCCCUUUCCCGCUCUGCCCGCGCGUUCUCACAUCUUCCGCCCAUCCCCCCGCCCUCCCCGGGGCUUCCCCCCGUCAUCCCCCCCACGCACAGCGGCAGUAGCGGGGGAAUGAGCCCCGGGCUCCCCCCUGCCAUUCCGCCCACGCACAGUGGGAGCAGUGGGGGAUUGAGUCCCCUUAUUAGCCCGCAAUCCCAUCUCUGGGCCAAUACCAGCAGCCCCCACACCAGCAGCAGCCCGAAUAGGUUCAGUCCUGGUAAAGCACUAAGCGCUGGGGGAAUGCUAAGUGCUGGUGGGAAUAGCGGUGCUCGUGGUGGCGGUGGUGGUGGUGGUGCUGCUGCUGCUGAUGCUGCUGCUGGUGGGGGGGGGGGUAGUGGGGGUAGAACUGUCUCUGGGUCAGUCAGGGGGAGCAGCAGCGGCGGGGGGCUGUUUGGGGGGCUGAUGAGCGGAGCGAGGAGGGGAGGGGGGAGUGUGAGGGAGCGGAGUCGGCAUGUGAGGCGGCACUCGGUGGACGUGGUGGCUGCUGUGCCCCUCCUCUCUCCCAUUACCAGGGGCCUCUUCUCCUUCCCUAAGGCUGCCGAGGCUGCGGCAGGGGAGACGGCAGGAGCAGGAGGAGGAGGAGGAGGAGGAGUGGGGGCAGCAGGAAUAGGAGCAGGAGGGGGGGAAGCAGAGGUUGAUUUGACAGGAGAAGGGGGAGCUGCCAGGUCAGGGGCGGCAGGAGCGGGUGCAUUGGAAGCAGUUGCAGCAGGAGGGAGAGGAGAGGGUUCCAGCCUCCCAGUUUCUCUGAGAGGUUUCCCCAAAGCGUCAGUCAGCGUCAGCAGCAGCAUCGGCAGCAACAGCAACCAAUUCACCAGCAGUAGCCACAUCCCUGCCAGCAGCAGCAGGAGAGAGAGCGGAGGAGGCGGCGGCUCGGUGCUGGGGUUUGUGAGGCGGUCGGGCUUCUCCUUCCACCGCCGGAGCACCUCCCACCACGACCUGGGGCUGCCGAAACGAUCACCAGGCGGAGGGGGAGGGGGAGGAGCAGGGGGAGCAGGGGGGGUAGGGGGAGCAGGAGGAGCAGGAGGUGGAGGGGGGAGUGUAAGUGGCGGCAGUGGGAACCAGCCAGGACUGUCUCCGUGUACUGCGCCUCCCCCUCUGCCCCCCUCGGCCUCCCUCUCCUUCUCCUCCUCCUCCCGCUUCCUUCGAAAGAACAAGACGCCGCCGCCCUACCACCACCGCAGCACUGCCAGCGAGGACUUCCGCUCCUUCCACCACUCGUUACAGUCACCCUCGAUACAGCCACAGUCGCAGUCGCAGCCACAGUCACAAACACAGUCACAAUCGUCCUCGGCUGCGCAUUCCCCCGCUGCUCGCGCUGUGCCCGCGCGCUCGUUGUCCUCUCGUUCGCUGUCUGCUCAUUCUUCCUUGGGUCCCUCCCCGGCAUCUAGCACCAAAUCUACUGGCUUUGGAGAAGGGCAAGGGGGCAGCACGGCAGAGGGAGGGCCGUUGGAGGUCGAGAGGCAAGGUGGGGAGCGGUUGAACGCGGUGCAGAGGGGUGCUGGUGGGCCUGGGGUGGUGGUUGACGCGUUGGCGCAAGGGCAGGGGCAGAUGCGUGAGGAAGAGGAGGGGUUGGGGCUGGGCGGGGGUUUGGAUUCUGAGAAUGUGUUUCAGCAGUUUCACCUGCAGCUGCAGCUGGAGCAGGUUCAACUGCAGCAGCAGCAGCAGCAGGACCCCCAGCAGCAGCAGCAGCAGCAGCAGCAGCAGGAGCCCCAGCCCCAGCAGCAGCAGCUGCCUCAGCCGCAGUCAGAGCCGAAGCCCCGUCGCCACCGUCGCCUGAUGUCCCUCCCAGGGACCCCAGACAUGAAAGGCCUGCGCAUCCUCCCUCUCUCCUUCUCCAAACACCGCUCCCCCUCCCCUACCCCUACUCCCCUAACUGCCGCCCCCCAACUCCCCCUUUCCGCCCCUGGCGCCGAACCAGAACCGAAUGGCUCGGAUGUGUCUGGUUCGGAAGCAAGGCCGCAUGGAGCUUCGUGUGGAGGUUCGGGUCUGGGAGGGGGGAUGUGGCCGUGGUCUCGCCCCUCGCGUGUAGAAGCAGACGCAGGGCUAUUAGGAGCAGGGCCAGUGGGAGCAAGGUCAGAGGGAGCAGGGUCAGUGGGAGCAGCAAUGCCUACCUCAUCGAUUUCUGGGAUUGCCCGUGCUGCUGAAGUCCCACAGGACUGUCUUGGUCCUCUGGGAGGAGCACUGCAACACCCAGGGGAGGCUCAAGCUGACGCUGCUGCUUUGGCUGCUGGUGCUUUGGCUGCUGGUGCUCUGGCUGCUGCUGAGUCGUCGUCUGCAGCAGUGUCUGACAGGCCACAGCUCGCAGCUGCCCUCUCACUGGAAGAUGGUGGCUUGGUUACAGUAGGUGGCGCUGCAGGGGUAGUAGGUGGUGCUGCAGGGUUAGUAGCUUCUGUUCCUCUAGGUAGUGCUGAAGCAGAGGCAGAGGCAGAGGCAGAGGCAGAAGCAGAAGCAGAAGUUUCUGCUGUUGGAGCUGCUACAGCUGCUGCAGCUGCUACAUUUGCUGCAGUCAACUCUCCAGAUGACCCAUAUUCCCACUCUCCCUCUCGACACCAACCCUCCCCCUCACAAACUACACCUGACCACACAAGCCCAGUUCAUUUCUCCUCCCCUCCGCUUGCGCACUCCCCUUCCCCUCAUCCGCCCCGAUCCCCCUCCCCCCUCCAUCGCACCCCUUCUCCUCCUCCUCACCCCCCUCUGCGCGCUCAGAGUGCCAAUCUGGAGACAUCUCAAACCCCCCCACAGCGGGCUCAGAGCGCCAAUCUGGAGACAUCUCAAAUCCCCCCACAGCGCGCUCAGAGCGCCAAUCUGGAGACAUCUCAAAUCCCCCCACAGCGCGCUCAGAGCGCCAAUCUGGAGACAUCUCAAAUCCCCCCACAGCGCGCUCAGAGCGCCGCCCGGAGCUUCCUGCUACAGGAGCUCGGGGCACGGCGCCCCCAAGGCUUCAUCCGAACCUCCAGCGUAGCCUCAGCGCUCACAGGCUUGGCGGGUCUUGGUCCGGGCCAAGGUUCGCCGGAGAAGGCCAGAGGUAGAGACAGCGAAAGAGGUGAUGAUGAUAACAGUUGUAACGCUGGUGGUAACAUUGGUGGUGAGAGUAACACUGACGGUAACCACAGCAGCAACAGUGGCAAAAGUAGCAUCAGGGGAGGGGGUUUUGCUUCCCCUCCUCGCCCCCCUUCGUCUGACAGAAACAGACGUUCUAAAUCCCCCUUGAGCCUGCUUGAUAGGAGCAGGAGCAGGGGGAGAGACAGCAGUGCAGAGGGCAGCAGAGAGGGGGAUGGUAACACAGAAAGGAGCAGGGGAAGAGACGAUGGGAUUGGGAGAAGCAGGAGUGUGUGUGAGCGCAUCACGGGGAGGGAGAAAAGCAGCAGUAGCAGCAGCAGCAGCAGCGGCAGCGGCGGCGGUAGCAAGGCUGACCCUGCUGCUGUUGCUUGUUUCCCAAGCCACGCCUUUGCAGGCAGAGGGUCGGUUGCAGGCAAGGGGUCUGUGCACCCGAGUCCCCUCGAUAAUGACCAGGCGCCCAGUCCUAGUGCAUCAGAUGGUGAGACGGCAGGAGAGGAGGAAAAUGGAACUGCGCAGGAGGCACGUGGGGGAGAGGAGAGCGGGGCAGAGGGCAGGGGAGAUGGAAGGGGUGAGGCUUUUGAGCCGAGUCAAAGGGAGGAGCGGGGGGCAAAGAGCAGGGGAGAUGUAAGGGGUGAGGAGGUUGCUGCUGCUGCUGCUGCUGCUGUUGCUGCGAAGGUCUCUGAAUGUCCCUCCCUCUCUGUCUCUCUCACGUUUUCCCGGAAGUUUCCUGUGGCGAGCGAUGCUGCAGUCGAUGCUGUGAAGGGAGCUGAGGCAGUGGGACCGGUUGCGGAAGCACCAGUGGGAGGGGCACCAGUGGGAGCAGUAGGGCAAGGCGCAACAGUAGGAGCAGCAGCGAGAGUAGAGGCAGUGGGAGACGGAGAAGCUGAUAGCCUCUUAUCACAUUUCCGCCAGCAGCAGCAGCAGCAGGCAAAGUGGGAAGACGAGAAGGGGCAUGAGAUGGGCAAAUCUGAGCAGCAGCAGCAGCAGGUGGAGGCUUCGUUUCUGUCUUCCUCUCAUCCACAAUACAUUCCUCAUCAUCAGCAGCACCAGCAGCACCAGCAGCAGCAGCAGCAGCAGCACCACCACCACCACCAGCAGCACCACCAGCACCAGCACCAUAGGCGAACCAUUUCUACACCUUCCAGCCCCAAAGGUCGCAGCAGAGAGCAUACCGAGGAGGCUACCGAGGGGAAUGGCAGGGAGUUUCCCUGGGUGCCUAAGGUACCGAGCAGGGUGUAUGAGCUUCCACAUGCAAGGAAACUAGAGCUCAAGACUGGGCUCCUCCGAACCUCCUCUGACGCGCCGGACCUCAACCCGAGCCAGAGGAAGAGCCCCCGGGGGAAGGGCGGAGGCUUGGGAGGAGGCUCAGGCUCGAGGUUCAUGCGCAGGUUCGGGAGUGAUAACGAGAGACGGUCGGAGGGAAGGGAGUGGAUGCGGGGUGGGAGGGAAGAUGAGAGGUUUGGGAUGGAUUUGAGUGCGGUUCGGAGGAAGGAGGGUCGCUUGGAGGAUGAAGAAGUGGGGUCAGAGGAGGGGAGUGUGGAGGAGGAGGGGAAGGAGAGGGAGGAGGAUGGUGUGGGGAAGGGGAGGUUUGGAGAGCGCGUUUGGCAGCAGCAGCAGCAGGCAGGGGCAGAGGUGCUGACGCUUCACAGCCCUGUGUCCCCCACUGUGGGCCUCCUUCCAGCCCAAGGCAAGAAGCUUUGGAUCAACAAGGGAGCGCGGGAAGUCCCGAGCGAAAAACGAGCAGCGGGUAGGAAUGCGGAGGAGGAAGAGGAAGAUGAAGGGGAAGGUGAUGAUGAUGAUGAUGAGGAGGAGGAGGAGGAGGAGGUCAAGGCAGCUAGAGAGUGGAGGGGGGGCCGCAGUCACACGCUAGACAGUGCCGAUCGGAGAAAUCCUUUGCUGCUGGAGCCCGGCCACCAGAGAGGUCGUCAGCAUCACCAGCAUCGCCAGCACCAUCAUCAGCAUCCCGACCAAGGCUCACGCUCCACUCGCAACCGCAGCAGCGUCGACUGGUCUCCUUCCCAUUCCCCUUCCCAUUCUCCCCCCUCUCCCCCGCCCUGGCCCCGGAAGGAGCUGUCAGGCAGCAGUGUUUCCCAGCGCCGGGCGGCUCUCUUCGCCUUGCCUGGCAGCGCCUCCGUUAAAGACCAGACCAGAUCUUCUAGGGGUCAUGGUGGGUCGUUCAAAGACCGCAGGGGGUUCUCCAAGGGUGAUGGUGGGUCGUUCAAGGAGAGCACUCGGCCGUUUGAGGCGCCUCAGAGGGAGAGUCUUGCGUUGUCGAGAGACCGCACCCCGCCGCCACGUGUGCCUGUCCGAAGAGAAGCCGGAGCUGCCCGAGAGAGGACUGGCGAGAGGGGAAGAGGGGGGUCGGGGAAUUGGGGUGGGAGUUGGGGGUUGCACUCUAGGUCCCCCUCCCCUGCCCCUGUACCUGCGCCUAGGUCUCCUUCGCCUGCUCCCACCCCUGCUCCUCCUUCGCUUCCCCAUGCUAGGGUGAGGCCUCUAUCUGUUGACCUCUCAGUGUCUCAGGACCAGGAAGCUUCCAGGAACAAGGCAUGGCAGAUGGGAGAGGGGGAGAAGCACUGGGUGGGGGAGAGGGGGAGGGAGAGGGAGAGUGUGAGGGAGUGUGUGAGGGAGGAGGGUCGAGGGUGGAGAGAAGGCAACAGGCGCAGUGUAGAUUGGGUCCAGCAUGGACGAGAAAAGGGGCGGGAGAGUGAGAGCAGUGUUACACGACGGCAGAGUGGGGAUAGGGAGCUGUGUGGUGCGUGGGGAGGAGAGCAAAGGAGCGGUGGAAAGGGCGAUCGACGGACAGAGGGAGUAGUUGCGAGUAGGCGGGUGGUGGAGCUGAGACGUGUUGAGAGGGAGGAGGAAAGCGAUGAUGAAGAAGAAGAGGAAGAGGAGGAGGAAGAGGAGGAAGAGGAGGAUGAAGAGGAAGAGGAGGAAGAGGAGGAGGAAGAAGAGGAGGACGGGGAAGGAGAGGAGGAGGAGGAGGAGGAAGAGGAAGAUGAAGACGAAACUGAGGAUGAUUAUGAAACUGAGGAGGAAGACGAUGAAGAGGAUGAGGAAGAGGAGGAUGAGGAUUACAACAGUGACGAUUCUAGAGUGGAACAUACAGGGGGGAGGGGAGCCUCCAAGAAACCUGAGCCCAGGCAGUACGUGUGGGAUAUAAUCACACCCGAUACAGCCUCAUUCACCACCGCUCACUCUUUAUCCUCCAACCAAUCACACUUGCAAGGAACCAAAGCGGGGGUGCAAGGAGGGAGCAGGGAAGGGCGGGAGGGGGAAAGCCGGGAGCGGGGUAGGGGAGAGGAGGUACGGGCGUCUAGACCUUGGCCCGGUUCGCAGCAGGCUCACACUGCAGGGGCCCACCAGAGCAGCAGCAAGGCAACCAGUAGUAGCAGCAGCAGUGGCUACAACCGCAGCAGCUACAACCAGGGGUCUACGGGAUCUCAGCAAGGCGGCAGGCACUGGUGACGUGCGCUUGUUUGUUAAAUUAUUUGUUUGGUACAGAACUGUUUACCUGGUUGGUUAUUGUGGGUUGCAUCAAAGUGCCACAGUUGCUCUAGGAAUGGUAGAUAGCUACUUGUCAUUUAUCCCUUAAAGACAUCUACGGUACUGUUGUUAUUUUUGCGGAGGUAUCAAUUGUGCGUGCUUGU